GGAAACUAAUAAAAGUGGUCUAAAACUAUGAAAAAGAGAGAAAAAAAUACAUAUAAAUGAAAAAAAGGACACACGUAAUGUAAGUGCAUAAUAAUAAUGAUAGUAAUACAUAAAACUAUUCAUAUUAAAGUUUCUUGGAAAAAACAAAAAACAAAGAAAAAAAAAAAAGUAAAAGCAUUUUGUGGGUCCAUUAAGGAAUGUACUGCCACGAAUAGCAAUUAAUUAUAGCUAUUUAUAUUUUUAUAUUUCUUCCUGUAAGACCUCGUUGCUUCCCCCGGCUGGCUUUGUGUUCUGGAUUCUUGUUUUUGUUUGUCUCUGUCUCCCUGUCAUUUUUGUAAGUCUUCAGUUUUAUCGAUAGAUAACAUUCAGUAUUACCCGUGCUCCCAGUUCCUUUCUGCAUUUUGGGCCCACAAACAAACACACACACAUCAUGACAAAACGCCCCGUGAAAUCAUCUAAGCAAGACGAAAUGAAAUCAUAAGAAUUGUUUUAAUUUAUGACUGACUCCGAAAUAUUUCUAAACAAAAAACAUUUAAGAAUCUUUUUUUUCCUUCUUGACAAUCACUUUAAAAAGUGAGAAUUUGUAAAAGAACACGGAUUUUAACUAAAUGCCUCCGUCUAACUGACCUUUCCUCAGACGGCUUUUAUCUGCCAAAAUCCGAGAUGACCUAUAGCAUCUACCAAACAGAAGAGCGGCAGCAAGAGGAGGAGGAGCAGGUUUGAGCUCAGUCAUGAUGAAGUCAAUAAAUAAGGACCGCAGAAGCGAGUCGAGAAGAGGAUGUUCCGCCUGUCACCUGCGAGCGUCCCGGACAUGUCAGUGCGUGUUUUGCAGCGCGGGUCCUGUAGAGAGCAGUAGAUAGUUUAAAUAAGUGCGGCUCCUCUUACUGUACAGCACACAGUGCAGCGGAGGGAGGAGCGACAGCGUAGUGUUUCUUUUUUGGUUCUUUCCACUCCACACGCAUACACACGCGUUGCAGUUCAUCCAAACGUAACUGUAGAACGGCAAAACAGGAAUCAAACUAGGAAGCGUCGUUGGAAAGCGGACAGGAGAGUCUGUUUUUAAACGGUACGAGGCUCAGCAGUAGUGGCCAGGCGGAGGACUGGCGCUCCGGAGAGCGGAGGUGGGGGGGAGGAAAGAGCCAUCCAGCCCUGCCGCUCCACACUUUCUACAGCAACCAGGAGGAACCCGGCUUACUUUUUCUCCCGCUUCGUUUCCGCCCCAUGACCCAAUUCCCAGGACAACGUGGGGUCCACGGCGCGCGGGGAAACUGUGGGACGAGUUUGCAGAGACGUUGGCUGGAAUGAAGGCUGGGAUCGAAAAUAGAGGAGCAGCUCUGAAGUGAAGGCAGUUGGCAACCAAGGACAGAAACAAGGUGGACGACACGUCGGAGGGGCGUGGGAAUCACUAACCGCACACACGUACAGCAUGAUUGGGUGUCUCCCAUUCCUCCUUCCGUCUGCCUAAGAGCAACGUCCACCUCCAGCCCUGGCUGCAGGGCCAGCAGAUUUACCCCCACGGAUACCCCAACCUCUUGUGUGUCCUGAAGCUUCACACCCAGCAACAACCUCACAGGGGGUAAACCCCCCCUCCCCCUCCGCCCUCCACUGCUCCCCUCCCAGGUACUCCAGGGACGAGACGACUCUGUGCUUUACAGACAGACCCCUCCGGACCGUCGAAUGACGAGCGUGCUUCGGAGGGCGGGGCUUGCCUCAGUCUCUCAUGAUUGGCUGCUGGAUGGAAUUGAGGUGAAUGGAACACAUGCCCAAGGAGCAGGACUCUAACCCAUCAGAGGGAGAAGAGAAACAGUGGCUCAAUGGCCCUAAGAGGAAGAGGAAGAAUAGCCAAUGUUCGGUGAAGAGUAUGACUGGGUACAUCCCCAGCUACCUCGAAAAGGAUGAGCCAUGUGUGGUGUGUGGCGACAAGGCCACAGGGUAUCACUACCGCUGCAUUACCUGCGAGGGCUGCAAGGGUUUCUUUCGUAGGACCAUUCAAAAGAACCUCCACCCCACCUACUCCUGCAAAUACGAUGGCUGCUGCAUCAUUGACAAGAUCACCCGCAACCAGUGCCAGCUGUGUCGCUUUAAGAAGUGCAUCUCAGUGGGAAUGGCCAUGGACUUGGUCCUGGAUGACUCAAAGCGGGUGGCUAAACGGCGCCUUAUUGAGGAGAACAGGGAGAAACGCAAAAAGGAGGAGAUGGUGAAGUCCCUGCAGACCCGUCCAGAGCCCACUGUGGCCGAGUGGGACCUCAUCCGGCUGGUGACGGAGGCCCAUCGGCAUACCAACGCUCAGGGCGCACAGUGGAAACAGAACCGCAAAUUCCUGCCAGAGAAGAUUGGCCAAUCUCCGGUUGCCCCGACGUCCGACGGAGACAAGGUGGACCUGGAAGCCUUCAGCGAAUUCACCAAGAUCAUCACCCCUGCCAUCACCCGAGUAGUCGACUUUGCCAAAAAACUGCCCAUGUUCUCUGAGCUGCCUUGUGAAGACCAGAUCAUCUUGUUGAAGGGCUGCUGCAUGGAGAUCAUGUCGUUGCGUGCAGCAAUCCGUUAUGACCCCGAAAGCGAGACGCUGACGCUGAGCGGGGAGAUAGCUGUGAAGCGCGAGCAGCUGAAGAACGGAGGGCUGGGUGUGGUGUCUGACGCCAUCUUUGAUUUGGGCAAAAGCUUGGCGCAGUUCAACCUGGAUGACACGGAAGUGGCGCUUCUGCAGGCCGUGCUUCUCAUGAGCUCAGAUCGCUCAGGCCUGACAUCUGUGGACAAGAUAGAGAAGUGCCAGGAGACGUACCUGCUGGCAUUCGAGCACUACAUCAACUACCGCAAGCACAACAUUCCCCACUUCUGGCCCAAACUCCUGAUGAAGGUGACGGACCUGCGGAUGAUCGGUGCAUGCCACGCCAGCCGUUUCCUUCACAUGAAGGUGGAGUGUCCCAAUGAACUGUUCCCGCCGCUUUUCCUCGAGGUCUUCGAGGAACAGGAAGUGUGACACGUGCAGAUGCUAGCAUGUGCAAUGGGAAACAGGAAACAGGAGGCGGGCUAAGCCACAGAGACAUAUGGAGAGUCUCAUCGGCAGGAAUUUGCGUUUCUUCGACAUCAAAUUCACAGUUUGUGGUUACAAAGAAACUGGAUAUGACCGGAAAGAAAACACACACCAGCAACGGGAGAAUGGAACAAGGACCUCCUCCCUCUCUUUCUUACACCAUCUCCUGUUUAAACAUCCGUGUGGGGGCCCUUCUGUCUGAGCAAGCUGUUUUAUCCAGAAAGAGUUGUUGCCAUUUGCCAAGACACAUCCACAAACACAUAAAAACACUCACACACAGAGCCACAGCUUGUUUCACCUCAGUUCUUCAGGGCAGCGUUGUUUGUGGGGGUCAGGUUCCCCUCCUUGUUUCCUUUUUUUUAUGCUUCUCGCAGUGUUCACGUUUUGAAGCAGCAUCAGAGCUGGUCAAGAUCUUUCAGUAUUAUUUCUGAAUAAGUGUUAAAACAGUAGUUCAGAAAACAGAGUCAUGUGAGCAAUCAGCAAACACUGCGAGGUAAAAUUUCCUGUUUUGUAUUUUUUAUUUUUUCUCAAAAUUGCUUUGGUGUGCAACGGCGCCGAUGGAAGCAAAAGCAACCGGACUCGGCUGCCAGGUAAUCAACUCAAUCUGAGCCGUUACUGCUGUCUUCUUGUUUUGUUUUGGAGCUGCUCCUCCUCUAAGAUCCCACUGAAACAGGUGCUAUAUUUAUAUAAAAAAGGCUAGUCCAGUCUGAUGAAAAUGUUCUGUUAGUCUUUAAAAAGGCAGCAGACCAUAUCUACUUUUUUUUUUUUUUCUUUGUCAUUGGACCGGCUCCUGUGACUCAUACAUACACACACACACAAACACGCAUACAUACGUACAUAUGUACAUGCAGGCAGUCAUUGCCUGUGCAGUUCUCAUACCGUCAUAUGAAUGACAGUGAAGCGCUUCUCUCUCCAAGGAGUUACGACUCUGAAAGAAGGAAAGGAAAAAGGAGAUUGGAGGAGGGAGAGAUUCCCUUUGAGAAGCAGAAAAAGAAGGAUCGGAGGCAGGGAGAGGAAAUGCGGUGUAACACCCGGACUGGGGUCAGAGGUAAAUCUUUGGCACCCUGUCUGCCUCUGUCUUCAUUUGACACACACAUUUAUAUGAAAACACACAACUUCACCUCAGAGUAACAUAAAUGCCUCAUUUUACUGUACACACUGCAUGACAGUGUGGAUUUAAAGCCCUAAUCCGUAGGGUUUCUACAGAGUCCUCUCCUCACGGACUCAGCUCAGUGUGGCCCCUCCAGGCUUCCAUACACACUUGCCUUUUUUAGAAAAAAAAAAAAGAAAGAAAAAAAGAAAUCUAUGGGAGUCACUGAGAGUAGGCAAAAAGGCCAAGAAGGCUACCAUUUACCUCAAAUAUGGACACACCCCGAGGAUGGGGCGGCUUUGCCGCCCCACGGUGUUUGGCACUACCUCACCUCUGUGGACACAGGGCAGCUGCCCACAGCCAGACAUACACCAUUCAACUGGUUUCAUAUGUGUACUAACAUAAAAGUUCAGACUUUUCUUUUUGUUGUUGUUGUUUUGCAUAGCGGCACAAAAACACUCAAAGAACACACGCAGACACACAUUUAACUCUCUCACUUGGUUCUAAUGAAAAACUGUACAAAAAGACAGGAGGGCCGACCACUCUUCCCCACCCUGCAGGGGGGAGUGGUACCCAUCACAUUCGGAUCAUCUCGUGUUCUGUUAUUUGGGACCAAGCGUCAUCCUUUCACCCCCUUCUGUAAAAACAGAAACUGACUUACAGGAGCAACCAAUGAAUGGUGGGCACCCCCAACUUAGACCACCUCAGAGAGCAAGCAAGAGGAGCAGACAAGGCACAGAAAGCAAGCGCCCACGAUGGCCUCCUCGAUGGCCUCCCCCGCUGAAUUAGCACGCAGAGACCGGGCAUCUGCAAACGAAUGAGUUUCCACAGCUCGCCCAUGAUUUCUGCCACUGGAUAUAUAGAACAAAACAGGAUAUCUGUGAUUGAUGGUCACCACAUUAGAUUUACAAUCAUGGGAAAAAGAAAGUUUCUAACAAGGUCACUGUCAUUUUGAUUUAAAAAUUUACGCCAGCCACUCAGACAUUUGAGAGGCUUUAAAUAGUUCAUAAUCCUAAGCGCCCUUUUCUGCUAUAUUUAUCUGUGAUAUAAAAAAAAAUAAACUAAAAGUUUUUUACAAGCAUAGUUCCAGGUCAGUUUAUCCUAUUUGUACUCCUGUUUUGUGCCUAUGCAUAGUUUUAUUUCUUACUUAAAUUUGUUGUUUUUAAACUAAACAUAUCGUAACCUUGAACUUAAUCACGAUGUUUCUAUUGGUAAUUAAAGUGUAAAUGUGAAAUAUAGAGAAGAGGAUAUUUAAAAUCUUUAAAUCUAAAAAUCUUAACAUUUAAUUUAAGUGUAUGUUGCAAGGUUUUAACAGGUUGAAUUUUAUUAAAUGUAACAUUUUGAGAUUUGUCCAGUGACCACUGUUGAUUUCCACCUUUGAUCAGUACAGUGAUCGACAAAAAACUACAUUGAAUGAUCAACUGUAGGAUUUAUUAGUUUCUCUAAUCACUGUAGAUUAGCCUCCAUUUUUCAUUACAGCAAAAUAUUUCCUGUUGAGUUUGGUGUCUGUCCCGUUGAGUCCAAAUUUCAGCCAUGCUUCAGCUGUCGGACAGAAUAAUUGUUAUUUCACUCUAUAAUACCUUCACUCCAUAAACUCUUUGCUGAUGUCUUUCUACCUUGUGCUAGCCUGCUAAUGUUUGACCCCUAACCAGCUAACCAUCAGAACUCCCAUUUUGAAGAGGCUUCUGAGUCACACUUGGUGAAUGGAUUUCUACUAGACUUACUUUUAAAUCCCAUGGCAGCAAAGGUGGAAUUUCUUUUUGGCGUGAUUGUAAUCAAAUGUCUUAUGUGUCCCAGUUCUUGUCACUAUACUAGUAAUGUGUAAAACAUCCAUGGCAGACAUCAUACAUGAGGUAGCUGAAUGACUAUUGAAGAAUACAGCAUCUGUUAUAAAAGCCCACUCUGUUCCUUCAAUUUUGGGUCCAUGCCAAAUCUGGGUUCCCCACCUAUAAAAGAAUCAGUCCUAUUUAAAUGUCAAGCAACAGUCCUGUACAUAAUGGAUAACUCACACCUCUACCAGAUGGAUAAGCAUCCGGGAUGGAAAGUUAAAGAGGACCUGGAAUGUUGCUCCUUAAGCACAUCAACAGCUUCUGGGAUUCAUCACUUCUCCUGCUCUGCCAUCCUCAUGGCCUUCCUUGGAGCUGAGCUCAAGCCGUCAUCACAUCCCCAUUCAGCCAGGCUAGUGGGAGUUUUUGCACUACUGGAGCGGUCCUCACUUUCACCCUUUCCUUUUCAAAGAUUUAUCUGUACACAUUUGUUGGCCCAACUCAUCCUAAAUGGGAAUCCUUGACCACUCUGUAUAACAGAGGCUGACAGCCACAGUGGCCUCAGGCCCAAACCUUUCCUGUUGUCGGCAUCAUGCCGACAACCCAGAAAAAAACAGGGGGGGGGUUUGUGAGAGACCCCUGCAUGGGAGGGUUUAGAGGGCUGUGUAGCACUUAUCGUCUUCUUGUAAUCAUCAUCAUUACAUUUCGGAUGUGGUGCCCUCCAAAUUGUUUUUCCUCCUCUUCUUAAUCUUGCCGUUUCCCCACGGGUUUGGCCAAGAAUCACUGACACCAAACAGGUUCCGGCCCUCUCCACCUUGUGAGACAAGGCUGGCUCUAACUGCCUUUCAGAGAGGCGCCACCGAUUGAAUGUGCACAGCAAAGCAGUAAAAACAAGAUGGAGAGAUUUGAAGAAGCAAGGAAGCUAAAGAAAACAAAAUGCCAUUAUUAACUUGGAUUAAAGUGGGAAUUGUGGAUGGGGAAAUGUUGGAUAUGCAAUGUCCCCCCCCCAAUUUAGGUGCCCCAACCUCUUCUCCCACACCAGCCGAGGACCCAAAAUGAGCCCCCGCUCCCACUUCCUCCUCUCAGUUCCAGUCGAAAAUUUUAAUACUGUGGGGGUCGGAAAAGAUAUCCCACAUUCCAGAGAUUGAGGUUUUGGAUCACCUCUUUGUUAAACAACUGAAAGAGAAGUGUAAGAAAUCUGAUGUCCUUUUGUUGAGCUGACUGGGUUUUUGUGCGCAACUGAGGGGGUUAAAUGCUGCUUUUCCUUAUGGGACAAAAUAAAAUCUGAAAUGAUAUGAAUCCAUAAAACAAAAUUAAGAAAGAGAGGACUUUUAAAAAAAAAGACUCCUAUACAGAAUUAUUGGAGAUUUUCUUUUUCCUUGUUUUCGUAUACUUCUUUGUAUUUUGAUGCUUUAACUGCUCCGUGUAAAAGAGAGGAAAAAGAAAAUGGCUGUAGUCACUUUUUGACCAUGUGUGCGGUGUAACGUUGGAGAAAUUUCACUUCUUUUGCCCACAUCUGUCUUUUGUGUUGAGAAGCCAACUGAUGUGUUUUGUCUAGUGUCUCUCCUGUUGUCGGUCCUCUUUUAUCAGGGGAGGAACGUAGAACCAACAAAACAGGAGUUGCUUUUUUUUUUUUAUAUACGUAUAUAUAUUUCUCUUUUUGUAAUGGAAUACAACAGAAAAUAAUGCAACCUUGAACGAAAAACUGAAAAAAAACUGAAACACAAGCCUGUCAUACCUCACGCAACACAAAACUCAUACGAACUUGGGAGGCGUCGUGUUUUGCAGGCACAUGUAAAAUUGCAGAGAUGCAUAUAGACUAAAAAGGAACAGAGAGUUACGUAUUGGGCCUGUGUAUACGCAUCCGUAUACAAGUUCAGCUCAAUAAAUUAGAUUAUUAUUGCAAAGUUAAUUGAUUUCAGUAAUUCAAUUCAAAAGAGAAAUCCUAUGUAGGACUUCUUGCACACAUUGAUAAGUUUCACAUAUUUAUUUCUGAGUUAAUGUUUAUGAAUAUGGCUCGAAGCUAAAAAAAUAAAAUAAAAAAAACACAUAAAAAACAAAACAAAAUGCGUUGGUGGAAAGAAAAAAAUCUUGCACCAAUAUGUUAUGGUCUACAGAAUGAUGGGGAAGACUACUGACUGGACAGCUGGCAGUAUAGUCAUUGACAGGCUCUUCAAAGAAGGUAAGCUACAAAAGAGUGCUGUAUUCAGGCAUUUUAAUGGAAAAUUGAGUAGAAGGGAAAGCUGCACAAGUAAAAGGGAUAACUACAAAAUGAAAGUCGUGGACUGAAGCUAUUACUAUACUAUUAUUAUUAUACUUGGUCAGGGCUCUUUUUGCAUGAAAUACAACAAGAUUUGGCUUGUUAUUGGCAUAUUCACUAAUUCAGAUUUUUCUGUGGAAUGCAACUCCAAAUUAUUUGCAGAAAACCCGCCUAUUUACCUUCUUUUUUUUUUUUUUUUUUUAAACUGAAAAUUCAGCUUAGGAGCAAGGCUACUUGACCCUCUUUUGCCUGGUAUUUGCAAAUCCAGGAGUAGUAUUUAUUUAUCUUGGCGUUUUUUGGCUUAUACCCUGAAGUACAGAGACAAGGUAGACUUUAGAUAUUGGCUCCUGUGGUAGUUCUAAGACAGUUUCCACUGUGCAUAUUAUUGCAUAUUAAGGUAUAUUUGGUGUUUGGUGUAAAAUAGUCAGUUUCAGGAAUUUUUUAACAAGGGCUUUUAAGUAUUUCAGGAUUUUAUCUAUUUGCGGGUGGUUGUGGCCACUUACUGUUGACAUAACAGCUAGAAAACAAGAUUAGCUGCUCCAAAGUUCUAUUAUAUUCAAACUUUGUCCCUCCACUGAACUUUCAAUUAAUAAGUUUGGUUGAAACACUCUUAGCAUCCAAUUUUUUUAGCUAUAGCUUUUGUUGCUCUUGCAGAAGAUGCCUGUCACUUUCUGCAGCUCAACUGUCAAGUCUGGAGUUUCCAAUUAAUUGUGCUGACCAUAACAUGGCCAUAAAAUAACAUCCUGUUUUAGUGAUAUUAUAUUUUUCGAAGAAACAUAAUUUGGGGUUUUCAGUAAUUGUAAACUAUAAUCAACAAACUGUCACUGUAUGUAAUACAUCUAUAAAAUGAGUUUUACUUUGCAAACAGAAUUACUGAAAGUAAUUUACUUUUCUAUGAUAUUCUACAUUAUUGAAAUGCGUCUGUUGGUUUUUCCUCAAGGUUUGGGGCCCUCUUAUUGAUUUGGAUCUCGGAUGAAUCCAAGGACAUGCUUUGCUAAAAUCACUCAGCACUUCUCUGACUGUGUUGUAGAUCAUGACUUAAAAAAAAUGUGAACGGCCCAGAGACUGAGGGAUGUUUGCUUCUGUAAUGGCUGAUUGUUUUAUGGAACUGAAUGUAGCUGAAAGAGGGGGGCGCUGGACCUUAACCUGGCACCCACAACCCAGCUUCCACUCACCAGCAGAGAGGAUAGUGGUGUCACACAGACAUUAGGGGGGGGAAAAAACUGAAAGGAUAUAUUGCCCGUUUGCAAGGUGCAAUACUAUGUACUUUUGUAUGUUUUCGGUUUGGAUUUAGGUUUUGUUUACUUUUUACUUUUUCAAGGGUGGGGGGUCGGGGGGGACAUGAUCAAUGAUGUAAAUACAAAACCACACAAAAACACUCAAGAUUCAUUAUAAAAAAGUCAACUUUACUGCUCCAUCCCAUUGUCAUGUAAGUAAAGACAACAAAAGAAGCGAAGAAAUGUUUAAUGCUUGUUACAACUUUUUACGUGUGCACGCUCUCACAUGUGCAUGCAGGUCCAUAAUCAAAAGUGCCCCUUGACAUUAAUCAUAACCCCCUGUGCCUCGUCUUGUUUGCAAAGAGAUAAAAGCCUGUACCCUCUGUAGUCUCAUGACGACAUGAAGCGCUACACGUGUGGCUGUGGUUUUUAGUGUGUGCGUGCUCAGAUAUUGUCCUUUAAAACUGAUGAUGCGAGUGGUGACAGCAGCUCAGUUAGCUGCAGGAAAGGAAAGCGGUACACUUGGACUCUUUGUCUAGCAUGUAUCUCAGCUAACCCAGCUGCUAAGCACUCACACUGUUGUCAUCAAAGUGUAAAAUGGAUCUGACCAUUUGUCCAAAGCAUCGAUGGGUCCCAAAAGCUAGCUUGGAAAUGUUCCAACAUCAGCUUAUACCAGCCCCAUUUACACUAAUAUUUUAAAAUUCUAUUGGUUUAUGUAGGUGUGGUUAUGGGAGAAUUUUAUUUGAUUUUUUUCCCCCAAAAUUGAAUGUCCAUUCUGCCCUUGAUACAUAAAAUGGAGUGUAAAUGGGGUCUUAGAUGAUGACAGCAGUUUGAACUUUCCAUUAUUUCAUUCAAGGGUAAAAUUUUUGCUUUGUUUUAACUACAGAUGCACCAAUCAGGCUUUUCCUGGCCGCUACUGAUAUCUGUUUAUUUGCAUUGCACCAGUUCACAACAAAUGUCAUAUCAACAAAGUUUGAAAACAAAAAGACCCAAUUUUUAUCUAGAAAUAUAAUCAGUUCAAUAUGAUCCAAUCAGAUGGCCAGAUUGCAAUUCAAUUAAAUUGCAAUUCCAGUUCAAUCCUACUUAAA